AGUUUUUUCGAAUGGUAUCAAAUGUUUAGGAUAAAAUAGGAAGAGAGAUUCUCCCCACUUAGAAAGAUAUAAAUAGCAAAGAGAGUCAUUGCUCGUUCUACCGUAGUACCAUAUCUCUCUCUCUUCUAAUUCAAACUCUUUGUUUCUCCCUUACGCCGUGAAACAUUAGGUCAGAUGGAGAACAAUAAUAUUAUGGCAUCUGUGCAUGCCGCAGUUUUUAAGGAAUCAGAGAAUCUUGAGGGGGAAAACAUCAAAAUUGAAGGAUAUGACUUCAAUCAAGGACUAAAUUACUCCAACCUUAUAAAGUCCAUGAUCUCCACUGGAUUCCAAGCCUCCAAUUUGGGAGAUGCCGUAGAAAUCGUCAAUCAAAUGUUAGAUUGGAGGCUUUCUGAUGAGAAUGUAACAGAAGAUUGCUCCGAGGAGGAGAAGGAUCCAAUCUUUAGGGAGUCGACGAGGUGCAAAGUGUUUCUUGGUUUCACUUCCAAUCUUAUUUCUUCUGGUGUUAGAGAAACAAUUCGUUAUCUUGUUGAACAUCAUAUGGUUGAUGUGAUUGUCACUACAACUGGUGGUAUUGAAGAAGAUCUUAUAAAAUGUCUUGCUCCCACAUAUAAAGGUGACUUUUCUCUUCCAGGGGCAGUUCUUCGAUCAAAAGGGUUGAAUCGCAUUGGUAAUUUAUUGGUUCCUAAUAAUAACUACUGCAAAUUUGAGGAUUGGAUAAUCCCAAUUUUGGAUCAGAUGUUGAAGGAACAACGUGAAGAGAAUGUACUCUGGACACCAUCGAAGGUAACCCGACGUUUGGGAAGAGAAAUAAAUGACAAGAGUUCGUAUCUUUAUUGGGCCUAUAAGAAUAAUAUUCCAGUCUUCUGUCCAGGAUUAACAGAUGGCUCAAUAGGAGACAUGUUGUACUUCCACUCUUAUCGUAAUCCUGGAUUGAUUAUUGACGUCGUUCAAGAUAUUAGGGACAUGGAUGGUGAAGCUGUUCAUGCAAGUCCAAGGAAGACUGGAAUGAUAAUUCUUGGUGGAGGACUCCCAAAACAUCAUAUUUGCAAUGCCAAUAUGAUGCGUAACGGUGCAGACUAUGCUGUCUUCAUCAACACCGCUCAAGAGUUUGAUGGAAGUGACUCCGGAGCCCGCCCUGAUGAGGCUGUCUCUUGGGGCAAAAUUCGAGGUUCGGCCAAGACUGUCAAGGUACAUUGUGAUGCCACAAUCGCUUUCCCAUUACUCGUCGCAGAAACAUUUGCGUCAAGAAGAGAAAAGGAAAAGGUCAAUGUUGGAGUUUCGGAGAGCUGAUUUAUAUAAUAGUAUGAAUGUUGAUUUGUUGAUCCUUAAAAUUGGCUUAUGGUGUGCGGUGAACUCAGGCUUAAAAAACUACAUUAACUUAUUAAAACUACGAGGAAAUUAUGGUCAAGAAAGACCACCUAUAUGAGGAUGUUCUUUCUAUGAAAUGGGGAAUUGUUUUUUAUUUUUGUUUUGCCAUGGAUUAAGAGAAUAAAAUUUGAUUAUAUAUUAAAGUUUCA